AUGACACCGGCUCCGACACCUACGCCCAAGUUCGCGUCUCCACAGUCCGAGCCCGCCACGUCCGAACCCUCCAAUUUCGAGCCGGCAUCACCCCGCACGCUGCCCGCCCGCUUGGAAGAAAGAGACGUGGAGCUCCAGGCAGAGAAAGUGGCUUAUGGAACGCUGCAGAAGCGCUACAUCGCCCUUGUGCGUGCGAAGCAGGAGCUCGAGCAGGCAAUGUUCGACUCGUCAGGCAGUGACGAGGAGAACGAGGAGGAGGCGGAUGACGAGGCCGCCUCAAAGCGCCGUCGGAUCAAGCCUGUUCGUGUCGAACCCCUCGAAGUCCUCCACGCCGAGCAGCCCGCCUCCCCGACCUCCCCAACUCUUGACCCCAAGGCCUCCGCUCUUGAAUGUCAACCUACUCGCAUCGCUCUGCACAAGCCCGACACCCCACCCCCCAGUCUCGUCUCACCCCCCAACGCGGACAUCACCGCUCACCACACCAAUGUCGACCCCUUCAUCACACCCCCGCAGCGCGCUCGUUUCCGCCCCCCACCCCCUCCAUUCAUGAUCGAGCUUGCCCUGCGUGUCGCGACGUACUCCCUCCGCCCCCCCUCAGAGCCCGAGGAACGGGCGCGCACGCCGGCCGACCGCCGUAAACGCCGCAUCAUCAAGGACACGCUUAAGCUCAAAGAGGAAAAGACACGCAUCCGCGACGCCUUGCGGCGCAGCAAAUUCCAGAGGCCGAAGUAUAGCCCACGCCUCCCCGCCCUGGGGGAGAGGUAG